AACGUUACUAAGAGGAGGAGGACACAAGCUACUGUGAGGAAUCCUUUUAUGUGUUUUAUUAACGGAAAUAAUAAUCUACAAGCUGUAUUUUUGAGAUUUACUGUCAUAGUUGCGCAUGAUGGGACUUUCUUUUUCCUCUGGAUGCUGAGGAUCUCUCUCCUCCAGCUGUCACCCUAAAUUAGCUGAGCUCUGUGAAAGGAGAGCCGGUUCAACUGACCCCUUCUGCUCCUUGAAGCUCCAGCCGUCCGUGACACCCAAAUGCUGCCUGUCUUUCGUCAAACUGGUCGCCCCUGAAGAAAAAUGGACUUGUAGUGAAGGUCAACCCUUCGAGCGGGGUAACUCCCUCUGGGACGUCUCUUGAGAAAGCUGGUCCGGAGACUCCGAUGGGUGAUCUAUGACAAUGUCACCGAUAAGGGGACUGGAGUUCUCUCUUUCCCAAGCAGCUGCAAGCAGGAUAUGAGCUCGAGCCGUGGCCAUCGACGAUAAACCAAAUCCUCCGCCUUCAGUUAGUUGGAGGCUCCUCUUACGUCAUGCAGUCAUCUGAGGAAUUGUUUAGCAGGAAGCUGAAAGCGUUGAAUGGGGGUAUGGGACAUCCAGCAACCAACACACAGGGAAAGUUGGAAGGGGGCGGUAAAGCGAACGGGACGCCCGCCAUGCCCAAAAUGGGGGUGCGAGCCAGGGUGACAGAAUGGCCCCCGAAAAAGGAGAGUUGGGGAGCCAACUACGAAAGCGCCGUCACGUCGUUUCAAAACGGCCAGCCGGAUCAAACUGUAGAGAUUUCUGAUUUAGGUGAUGAACAGUUGGAGCCUGAUUAUUCGGAUAUGAAAUAUUCCCUGAGCGACCUUCUCAGUCGAUCUCCGUUUAAAGGGCUUCAUCCCAUUCGACAGCGGAGUAACAGCGAUGUGACCAUCAGCGACAUCGACGCGGAGGACAUAAUGGACCAGAGCGCCGUCAACCCGAACACAGGCGCCUCGCUGCAUCGAGAGUACGGCAGCACGUCCUCCAUCGACCGGCAGGGUCUCGGCAACGACGGUUUCUUUUCCAUGUUACGUGGAUAUCAGAUUGAUGCUUCGGACCAUCGCAGCACCCCACCUGUAGGCUUUCCGGAGCUCCUCCGCUACGACACGGCCCUCUCCCCUAGCUUGCAAACGGCUACUCAGAUAGCCCGCGGUGAGAUCGUCCACAUCUCGGGCUACGACUACGUGGACAGCUCCCUCCUCUACAGCCGAGAAAGAGAGAAGUCCUUUAUGCAUCGUCUCAAGUCAGACUCAUCCGAGACGUCGCUGUUCAGAAAACUGAGGACUAUUAAAAGCGAACACGACGGUUUCCGGCUCUCAACUGAGCAGGAUGACCGCCGGCCCCUCAGCUUUCAAAAGUGCUUUGCUCACUAUGACGUCCAAAGCGUUCUCUUCAACAUCAGCGAGGCGGUGGCCAGUCGGGUCAUUCUCAGUCAGAGGAAGAACAUCACUACUGGAGCUUCUGCAGCAUCUCAGUACCAAGUCACAGGAGCUGGUCAAACCAGUGGAAAUAUAGCCGGGACGGCGUCUAUGUUCGAGUCUCCCCUGGGCAGUCGAGAGGACCUGAACCCAAAGGAGAACUUGGAUGCUGAUGAAGGCGAUGGGAAAAGCAACGGAUUGGUGCUUAGUUGCCCGCAUUUUCGUAAUGAGAUUGGUGGAGAGGGUGAGAGGAGAAUCUCGCUGUCCAGGGCCAACAGUGCCGGCUAUAGUGGCGGAGGAGAAAACUGUUCUUUUGAGUCGUCUUUAAGCUCUCACUGUACCAACGCCGGUGUGUCUGUGCUGGAGGUUCCACGAGAAAACCAACCCAUCCACCGUGAAAAGGUCAAGCGCUACAUUAUCGAGCACAUCGACUUGGGGGCGUAUUAUUACCACAAAUACUUCUAUGGAAGAGAACAUCAGAACUAUUUUGGGGUGGAUGAGAACUUAGGUCCGGUGGCCAUCAGUGUGAGGAGAGAGAAGUUAGAUGAUGGGAAGGAUAAGGAGGGUUCACAGUAUAACUAUCGAAUCACGUUCAGAACAAGUCAGUUAACUACCCUGCGAGGGGCGAUUCUGGAGGAUGCUGUGCCGUCCACAGCGAGGCACGGGACGGCCCGUGGUCUGCCUCUGAAGGAAGUUCUGGAGUACGUGGUGCCUGAGCUGAACAUCCAGUGCCUGAGACUGGCCGUCAACUCACCGAAAAUCCCUGACCAGCUGCUUAAACUGGACGAGCAGGGGCUCAGUUUCCAGCACAAAGUGGGCAUCUUGUACUGUAAAGCGGGUCAGAGCACAGAAGAAGAGAUGUAUAAUAAUGAGAACGCCGGGCCGGCGCUGGACGAGUUCCUGGAUCUGCUCGGUCAGAGAGUUCGGCUGAAAGGAUUCACGAAGUACAGAGCACAGCUGGACAACAAGACGGACUCCACCGGUAGUCACUCGCUUUACACAACCUACAAAGACUAUGAGCUGAUGUUCCACGUGUCCACGCUUCUCCCCUACACACCCAAUAACAGGCAACAGUUGCUCAGAAAAAGACACAUUGGAAAUGACAUUGUGACCAUCGUGUUUCAGGAGCCCGGUGCUCUGCCCUUCACACCCAAAAACAUUCGAUCUCAUUUCCAACACGUGUUUGUCAUUGUUAAAGUUCACAAUCCCUGCACAGAGAACGUCUGCUACAGUGUGGCGGUAUCCAGAUCGAAAGACGUGCCUCCAUUCGGACCUCCCAUUCCUAAAGGUGUGACCUUUCCCAAGUCCGCCGUCUUCAGGGACUUCCUUCUGGCCAAAGUGAUAAACGCAGAAAACGCGGCUCAUAAAUCCGAAAAGUUUCGCGCCAUGGCGACCCGUACGCGUCAGGAGUAUCUCAAAGACCUUGCAGAAAACUUUGCAAGCACGACGACGGUGGACUCCGCUGUAAAAUUCAGCUUCAUCACGCUGGGUGCUAAGAAGAAAGAGAGAAUUAAACCGCGGAAGGACGCCCAUCUCUACAGCGUGGGUGCCAUUACCUGGAGCGUAGUGGCACGGGAUUUCGGACAGUCAGCGGAUGUGGAGUGCCUGUUGGGUAUUUCUAAUGAGUUCAUCGUGCUCAUUGAGGAGGAGUCCAAGAAUGUGAUUUUUAACUGUUCGUGUCGGGAUGUCAUUGGGUGGUCCUCUGGUGUCAUGAGCAUCAAGAUCUUUUAUGAACGUGGGGAAUGUGUGAUGUUCACUGCGCAUGACCACUGUGGAGAAGACAUUCGAGAGAUCGUACAAAGACUCGAGAUGGUGUCGCGGGGAUGUGAGACCACAGAAAUGACCCUGCGCCGGAACGGUCUGGGCCAGCUCGGAUUCCACGUCAACUUUGAAGGAAUCAUAGCUGAUGUGGAACCCUUCGGUUACGCCUGGAAGGCGGGGUUGCGUCAGGGCAGCCGACUGGUGGAGAUCUGCAAAGUGGCGGUGGCGACUCUGACCCACGAGCAGAUGAUCGACCUCCUGAGAACUUCCGUCUCCGUCAAGGUCGUCAUCAUUCAACCGUACCAGGACGGAGCCCCCAGAAGGGGCUGCUCAGAACUCUACAGAAUCCCCAUGGUCGAGUAUAAACUGGACAGUGAAGGAACUCCCUGCGAAUACAAGACUCCUUUCAAAAGAAACACCACCUGGCACCGGGUGCCCACCAGCAGCCAGCCCCUGCCCCGUGGAUCCCCCACCCAGGGUCACGACCGCAUGCUGUGCCAACAACUCCUCCAGCACGCUCAGACCGCUAUCCCACGCAGCACCUCAUUCGACAGAAAGCUGCCGGACGGACCCAGGAGCGUACAGGACAUAGAGAACCCUCAGAUUGCAUCCUGCAGUAAAGGAGACGCGUCUCAACACUACCGCAGCUCACCCAGUAACCAAUCAUCAUCCAGUGACCCGGGACCCUGCGGAAGUGCCACCUGGAACCAGCAGCCGGCAUACGACGGGUGUCAUUCACCCAUCCUCCACGACCGCUCCGCUGAAGCCCAGGGCGUGCUGGGAGAUGGUGAGAUGCUGAGGGAAAAGGAGCCCACUCUGGAGAGAACACGGUCUGCAGAGGCCAAAUGGCACGUCCCGUCCACAAAGAUCCUCAACUCCUUGAAGGAAAGGGGCAAGGAUUCGCCUAACAAGUUGUCACGGCAGGGCGGCGAUAAAAACUCCAGUCACUCCAGCAGUAACACACUGUCCAGUAACGCCUCCAGCAGUAACAGCGACGAGAAGCACUUCGGCUCCGGGGACCUGAUGGACCCGGAGAUGUUGGGUCUCACCUACAUUAAAGGAGCCUCGACGGACAGCGGCAUCGAUACCGCCCCCUGCAGCAUGACCCCCGGGGUGGCCAGCGCGUCCGUGGCCCGCGUCAUGCUCCAGGCCCGUGGGGUGUCCGAUCUGGGUCACCCGUGGACUCCAGAACUGACGGAGGAAGGCUCUGUAGAGGAGGAACACAACACGCUGUACCUGCCUCAGGGAUACGCCGCGGCGCUGGCGGCCGGACACGCGCCUGUGGACAGGAGCAUGGGAGACCUGAGCGAGAGCUCAUCUCAUUCCAGCAGUCCGCUGCCCCACUGCUCCAAGGUCACAUGGUCUCCAGAGUGUUCCAGAGCCCACAGUAGCCAGGAGCCGAGGCCCAGCACCGAGACACGCAAGCGGGCCGACGACAGAUCCGUCGCUGACGAGCCCCCAAAUCUGUCCGAGCGUGGUGGGGCUGAAGGCUUGUUGUCCUUUCUUCUCACAGCUUUAGCCGAGCGCUCCAGGCAGCUGUAUGCGGCGGAGGGAGCGUGUCGACUACAGGAGAGGGGAAGGGACAAACUUAAAGAAGGAGGUCUUCAGCCCAGCAGGUCGAAAGAAGAACAUCUAAAGAUGAUGGUGCCCGAAAGCCCUCCUGCAGAGAGCGGCCACAGAAAGGCAUCGACAGCGGGCAGUCUGUCACCGCGGCGGUCUCUCUAUCGGACCCUUUCUGAUGAGAGCAUGUGCAGUAAUAGAAAGGGCUCGUCCUACGCCAGCUCGCGCAGCUCCAUGUUGGACCAGGCCAUGCCCAAUGACAUCUUGUUCAGCAGCACUCCACCCUAUCACAGCACGCUGCCCCCUCGCAUCAGCCUCAGUCAAACCGCAUCCAACCUCAAGAAUGACUUCUGGUUUUCUGACGGAUCCCUGGCGGACAGGUCGAAGUUCAGUGACCCGGGUCUUAUGCCUCUACCAGACCCGGCUACAGGCUUGGACUGGUCUCACCUCGUGGAUGCGGCCAGGGCUUUUGAAGACCAGCGCGUGGCAUCUUUCUGCACCAUGACGGACAUGCAACGUGCCGAAGCUUUGCAGAUCUCCCGCGAGCUCACCCGACGUGUGGCGGCUGCGGAGGGAGCCGCCCUGGAGGCGGGCAAUGCCUCUCCGUCCACACUGACGGGCAAAGUCAAUCAACUGGAGGUCAUUCUGAGACAGCUGCAGAACGACCUGAUGAAGGAGAAGGAGGACAAGGCUAUACUCCAGGUGGAGGUCCAGCACCUGAGACAGGACAACAUGCGACUGCAGGAGGAGAGUCAGACUUCUGCCGCACAGCUCAGGAAAUUCACCGAGUGGUUCUUUCAUACCAUCGACAAGAAACCUUGACGGAGACUCUAACUGCCCAGAGAGAGAGAGAGAGAGAGUUGAAACUGGACCCCGGACUCUCUGUCCAGGGGACCGAAGGAGAUCCUCGAGGGGGGAAAACCACUAGAAAAAUCUUUCGCUGAAGCAUCGAGAUACUGUUCAACAGAUGCUUCAGCGGCAUUGAUUUACUUCACAUUCGAAUGUAAGUAUAUACUUGACUGGAGGACACUUUGUUGGUGCUAGUUGGAGUAGACGAGUAGGUUGACCUACUAAUCCUUGACAUCAGGUGGUAGGAACUGGGAUGGGUUAAGCACGGAGAAUGUACUUGUACCAAGUCGAUAUCAUCGCCUGAAACUGACUCUUAAAAAUAAAUUGAGGUGGAUUAUGAAUGUAACGCAUCAAGACUUGACGGCUGGACGUCUUGAAGAACCCAGUUUGUCAUUCUUCACCUGCGGUUUGGGACAGUUACGCAAACUGAAGUCGAGAAGUCAAGGUUUCAAAUGAAUCUUGAAGUUGUCUUUUGAAUCAUUUCCAUUUACCCUCAUCGAGUUCUGGCAAUAAACACGGACUCACUCAACUUUGUUCCUGGACCGAUUCAACCGUGUUUCUGAUUCAUUCUGUGUUUGUUAGGAUUGUGCCUCGAAGGGAAUCAGAAAUAAGCUAGUGUAUGCGACGUUUUUGAUCCUUCUAAACAUGCCUUCAGCUCACCGAAUCCUCACGUGUGUGAUGACAGCGGUGUCAAACCUGAGGUUCCUCCUCACAGCUCUGAAACUGUGUGAGCCACAUGCCAAAAUGUGUUUAUCUCUGUACAGAUCCUUCGAUUCACUGUCUAGUAUUUAACACUGUUAUUUAAGCCUAUUUAACCCAAAUUAGUUUAUUUUAAUAAAUCAAAUCAAAGGAAAGGUUGUGUGAAGGCUGUCAGCUGUAGCUUUGUCUGGGCUGUGUCUGUUAUGUUAGAUUUAUCGGUCGAUUUGUCUUUUCAUUCCAACAUUUGGAUGCUGCUAGGAAACACUGUUGGUUUCUUUGCUUUUACAAAUGUGUUUCUUUGUAAAUCUGUUUCAUGGAAGAAGGGACAUUGGUUGCUUUUUUUUAAUAAAUGUAGAUG